AUGCCGUACACUCCACAAGAAAUUGGACCUUUUGGGUCUUACAUCAAGUCGACUUUGCGCCAGGAUCCGGGGAUACUGUAUGCUGUCCUGGCCGUCUCGGCGAGAUACCUCGAGGCAGUCCGCUCAGAGGAAUGGGACUCCAAUGAAUACGAGCGGAAGUGCCUCGGCAUCUUGAUUCCGAUGUUGAACGACAAGAACGUGGCGGAACCGCAAGAGGACGGGGUUCUCGUGUCCGCGUUGCUCCUGAGGCUCCUGGACGAGAUGACCGCGCCUGUUCUCCUGCGUAUGAGGCAACACAACUUACAGCCGACGGAGCUGAGCAACGCCGCAAUGGCCAUCGUCCUAAGGCAGGAGAUCUUUGUCGCGAACAUGGUCAAACGUCCUGUUGAGCUUCUUGGCGAGGACUGCGGGAUUGAUGGCGGCCUGAGCCCAGCAUCUGAUGUGACAUGGGCGCACUGCAUGACGGCGCACGCAGCGCGCGUCACCAACUUCGCAUAUGGCAACGAGCGACGCACUACAGAUCUCUGGGAUCAUCUUUGGGGAUACCUAAACAGUUGGGACCAAGCAAAGCCCUCUUCGUUCGAACCUCUCAACGAGAUCCACAGCAUCGGACUAAAGGACCGGGCCUCAACUUUCCCAGCAAUAUACUACAUGCACGACUGUGCGGUGAGCGGCCGACAGUACUUGGAGAUUUGCAAGAUCAUCCUCCUGGCGCAUGAUCCCCGUACGCCGAGCUUGGGUCUGGGUCGGGCAAGCUAUGUCAAGGCGCAGGAGGAAAAGAUUAGGGAAUCGGUCCGUAUUAUCUGCGGAAUCUGGAUGUCGAACGAGGAGCAUGUUCCGGCGCGGGUGUUGGUGGGCCUGGCAAUUGGUAUCGCGGGCGAGCUUUUCACGGAUCCAGAUGAGACCAGGCAGCUGUACAAAAUAGUCUUGGAAGCUGAGAGGCACGUCGGAUGGCCGUGUCUCAAGGUCAGCCCCAGCUUGCAGGCCUUUUGGGGCUUGGACGAUGCAGACAUUGCUCGUUGA